CUCACCAGCCCUCUCAUCUCCUCACGGCUUCCUGCUUGGAUUUCUUUCACGGUGGAGGCGAGAUGGAGACUCCGGGAGCACGGGUCUGUCCGAACUGCUGAGAUGCUGUGUUGCCCCGGCGUUUUGCAGGCGAUGUUCCGUGGACAUGGAGCCCAAGGCAAUCCUGACGGUGAUGGUAAUCUGUCUGCGCUGCAGCUUCGCCUUCAAACUCCUGAGCGGUCAGGCAGUGUGUCGUAGAGGGGUUGAGCGCCCUUGUUACAAAAUCGCCUACUUCAAAGAUGUGUCGCGCAGGCUGGGGUUCAAGGAGGCACACAGCGCAUGUCAAAGUGAUGGCGGGGACCUGCUUAGCAUCGAGUCAGAAAAUGAGCAGCGGCUCAUCGAGAAACUGAUCCAGGGCUUGUCUGCGGGUGAUGGAGAUUUCUGGAUUGGACUCUGGCGGAGAGUGAAUGGGAACGAGAGUUCAGCAGACUGUCCAAGCCUGUACCAGUGGCUAGAUGGGAGUAAUGCAAAGUUUAGAAACUGGUAUGUGGAUGAGCCAUCCUGUGGCAGUGAGGUGUGCGUCGUGAUGUAUCACCAACCCUCUGCAUCUUCAGGCAUGGGAGGACCAUACUUGUAUCAAUGGAAUGAUGAUCGAUGCAACAUGAAAAACAACUUCAUCUGCAAGUAUGCUCCAGUUCGAGGUUCUACAGUCCCAAGCCCAACACUGACACCAUCCCCGAACCUGACCCUAAUUCCCACCAGAGGGAAUAGAUCUGACGCAGAAGAACCAUCAGUUCCAGUUACAUCCUCAUCUGUUGAGAAUGAGAAGGAUUCAGCUGUAAUUAUUGGCAAAUCAGAAGGCAAUUCUCUCAACAUCAUCUACAUCAUCAUUCCAACCAUCCCUCUUCUCCUCCUGCUGCUGGUCUCCACUGCAGUCUUUUGUUUCCGUUUCUUUAUGAGAAGGAAGAAGGAACGAAGUGCGAAUGUGGAGAAAGAGCACAGUUUCUGGAUGGAGCCUGUCAGAAACCACUCGCCAAACCUGGAGGUUUACAAUGUUAUCAGAAAGCAGUCAGAGGCAGAUUUGGCUGGAACUCGCCCUCACAUAAACAACACAUCCUUCCGCGUCUCUCCAGCUAUUCGAGGCUUGCACAGUCUGUCUGGAGAGUAUGAUAACAUGGAUCGCCACUGCUCUGGGAGUGGAUUUGUGACAAAUGAUAUUUAUGAGUCCUGCAGUGACCAAGCAUCAAGAAGCAGAGAAUCAGGAUGGGUGGAAAAUGAGAUCUACGGCUACUAGGACUAUGCAGGGUCCAGUUGUGAGGACCAAGUCGUCCAGGGACUGUUUCCCCUCAUGGAGGUGAUGCUUUCCUGACUGGACAAAAUAGUCCAUUCCUUUUGAUUCAAUGCAAUAAUACAGAGAGGUACAACUAAUGACACAGGCAUGAUGAAAACUGACACUUCACAACUACCAGUGAACAAUUGAACACUAGGGCUCUGACCAAUUGGUACAUCAAAAGGACCCUGGGGCUGCUCCAAAGAUGCAGCUGAGUGAGUGAGAGAGAUGCAGUUCAAAUGUCUUCUAGUCAUAUUCAUGUCAGCAUGUAAACAUUUUCUCCUUGUCUCCCCAGAAUAUCACUGAAUGUGUUCUUGUUCCUUUAGCACACUGGAGAGAGCAUGCUUCAAGUACAUCUCCGCAUAUUGUCUGACACCAAAAUACAAACUGCGUAUUUAAGUCCUUAUUUAAUCAAUGCAAGUGUUGACCAGAGUGCAUGUGGCUCUCUGGACUUUGUACAUAUUAAAUGCUAGAACUCUUAAUAAAUAUACAGAACUUCUAUAGCACCUCAGGACUGACCUUCAACCUGGGAGAGGACUUGUCAGAGCAUGAUGCUAAUUCCUCCCAAACUCAAGUAUUUUCCAGAGCUUUGAUCAAACUUGCAAUGCCUAUUCCAGUUAUAAAUCAUAGUCUUUACUUUUGCAAGUGUGUCAGUGAUUUCUGCAGACACAUAUCUUGCAAAAUAGAAAACUAUUCUCAAAAUCAGCUUGUCUAGAACCUUAGGGCUUGGUUGCAGUGUGUUACUGAGAUAUAAGUGCAGGAGCAGGAAGAAGAUCAGAAAAGAUCAAAAACAAUUUACGUCUCCAAUGCUCAACUUUCUAACAUGUCAGGCAGAUUUUGCCAUGCAUGGUUUGCACUGCUGAUUAGUGUAAAUGUCACCACAUCCUCCACAGGGCA